CCACCAUUAAUAUCGAAAACGAAAACCCAUCGAAAAACAGAGGAGGACGAAGGAAGGGGAAGGAGGAGGAUCGGAAGUCUCUCCGCCGUCCGCCGCCGUUUUGCGCCGCCGCUCUGCAGAUCCCUCCGGCCGAGGAGCCCCGAUCCGUUACCCCUCGACCCCGGCGAUCCCCGGAUCUCAUGUCCGCCUCGCAUUCCCUCGAGGUCUCCCCUCGGCGGUACCGCGAGCCAAGCGCCGACGCCGCGGACGCCGCCUUCGCGAAGCGGGGCUGCUGCUUCUGGGUGCCGUUCCUCGGCUCCUCCUCAUCCUCCGACGACGACGAGGACCGGCCGCCGACGAGCGUGGCCGCUGCGGGUGCGCCCGCCGCGGGGACGAACUGGUGGGAGCGGGUCGGGGACACGCCCGACGACCCGUGGUGGGCGCGGGGGUGGCACAGGGUGCGGGAGUGGUCGGAGCUGGUGGCGGGGCCGAGGUGGAAGACGUUCAUACGGCGGUUCAACAGGAACCGGUUCGGCCGGAACCCGCAGUUCCGGUACGACCCGCUGAGCUACGCGCUGAACUUCGACGAGGGACCCGGGCAGAACGGCCACCCACUGUUCCGGGAGGACGUCGUCCGCCGCGACUUCUCGUCGAGGUACGCCUCGAUCCCGGCGUCGUGCAAGUCCUCCAUGGACCUCGGGAACCACAGCGGCCCCCUGUUCACGUGACGCCCCGCCGCACGCAGCGCUCCUGGAUAUACACACAGAGAGAGACAGAGAAAAACCGUUACCUCCGCCCACCGAAGGCCGCGUUCGCGGCGGCGGGGGGUUGCCGUCGUCGGAGGAGAGAUGUGGAGCUACGUUUGACGUGUCGUGGCUUUCUCCUCCGGCGGGGGGCAAAGCCAAACGGUGCCGUACGUGGGUCGACAUUCUUUCGUUCAUCGAUCAUCGAUUCGACGUGUGUUGGGGUUCGAUAGACUUGGAAGGGCGUGUCACAAUACGAGGUUGUAUAGAAUAAACUACUACUCUCUACUGCUUAUACAUUCAAAGGAAUUCUUCAAUGGUAUGGUUGUUCGUUCAUCAA